AUGAGGAAAACACUACCUCGAGAAACCCAGAAACCAUUGAAACCACCUUUGCCAAUACCAAAAACGAAACCCUUGAUCGAACCCGUGCCUGAAAUAGUGAACCCGACCAAACCCUAUCACCCUUCUCACUUAAACCCACUUCAAAAACUAGCAGCCUCAGUAUUAGACAAACUAGAAGCCUCGGUUAUAGAGCCCCUAGAAAAGAAGCAGAAGUUGCCCAAGACUAUCGACCCGGCGGUUCAAAUAUCCGGCAACUUCGCGCCGGUUGGGGAAUGUCCGGUUCAGCAUGGCCUUGAAGUACUAGGUCAAAUCCCUGAUUGUUUACGUGGCGUUUACGUCCGUAACGGCGCUAAUCCUAUGUUUACGCCGUUGGGCGGGCAUCACCUGUUUGACGGAGACGGAAUGAUUCACGCGCUCACUUUGGGCGUGGGUAACAAAGCCAGCUAUUCUUGUAGGUACACCCGCACGAGCCGGCUCAAGCAAGAAGCCAAGCUAGGGAGGCCGAUGUUUCCUAAGCCGAUUGGUGAGCUUCAUGGUCACUUGGGUUUGGCUCGGCUCGGCUUAUUCUUGGCCCGAGCCGCUAUUCGCUUGGUUGACCGCUCACAAGGCACCGGAGUGGCUAAUGCCGGCUUGGUGUACUUCAACGGACGUUUACUAGCCAUGUCGGAGGAUGACCUUCCUUACAACGUUAAGAUCAAAGGUGACGGUGAUCUAGAAACGAUCAGACGGUUCGAUUUUAACGGCGGUCUAGACCGGCCCAUGAUUGCUCAUCCAAAGGUGGACCCGGUGACGGGUGAGCUCCACGCGCUGAGCUACGACGUGGUGAACAAACCUCACCUUAAAUACUACAAGUUCGACACGUGCGGGAGAAAGUCACGUGAGGUGGGAAUCACACUAGAGCAACCUACUAUGGUGCACGACUUUGCCAUAACGGAGAACUAUGCAGUGAUCCCGGACCAGCAAGUCGUUUUCAAGCUAUCGGAAAUGGUUAAAGGCCGGUCUCCGGUAAUCUAUGACCCGGAAAAGAUGUCUCGGUUUGGAAUUUUGCCCAAGAAUGAUGAAGAAGGGUUAGGGAUUCAAUGGAUCAACGUACCCGGUUGCUUUUGUUUCCAUUUGUGCAAUGCAUGGGAGGAAACUUCGGACUCGGGUGACCCGAUCAUUGUUGUCAUUGGUUCGUGCAUGAAUCCGCCGGACUCGGUUUUCAACGACCACAAUGCCGAGCCAUUGCGGGUUGAACUAUCCGAAAUCCGGAUGAACUUGAGGUCAGGAGAGUCGAGUCGUCGGGUCAUCGUCUCUGGUUUAAAUUUAGAAGUGGGGGUGGUGAACAAGCAGCUCCUAGGGCAAGAGACUAGGUACUUGUACAUGGCUAUAGCGGAGCCAUGGCCAAAGUGUUCGGGGUUAGCUAAGGUGGACUUGGAAACCGGUUCGGUGACCAAGUAUAUGUACGGGACAUGCCGGUUCGGGGGUGAGCCGUUUUAUGUACCCAAGUUGAGUAGUAGCAAGGGGAACAAUGGAGUUGUGCAGCAGGAGGAUGAUGAUGAGGGAUAUCUGAUGGGUUUUGUGAGGGAUGAGAGGGAGGAGAAAUCAGAGAUGGUGAUCUUAGAUGCUUCAAGCAUGAAGCAAGUGGGUUCGGUGAGAUUGCCUGCUAGAGUUCCUUAUGGAUUUCAUGGGACAUUUGUCAGUGAACAAGAUUUGAAGGAGCAGGCUUUGAGCUAG